AGGCGGCUUGGCUGAAGCCCAAGCUCGACCUUCCCAUUCCCCAGCGCAUUUUGCAGCACUCCUUCGUUCCUGCACAUACCGAGCGCAAUGCUCUCUCAUUCCGAGGUGGAUGCGCUUCUGAUCAUCCCUGGGCUCCUGGGGAUCCUGUGGUCUGCGAAGGAGUGGGCCGCCGUCAGCAAGGUGAAGCUCGUUGGUCCAGAUGGCAUGGCCAGCAAGGAUGCCGGCGGGGACACUGCGAGGAUCUUGGAGGAGAUGGCCAAGAUCGCGGCCACUAUUUCGACGGGCGCCAUCGACUUCCUCUUCACCGAGUAUGUGUACAUGGGCAUCUACAUCGUGGUCUUCGGCGCGAUCUUGUGCUUCUUCACGGGCGUCCCUACCACCUGCGCGUUCGUGGUCGGCGCCAUCACCUCCAUCCUGUGCGGAUACAUUGGCAUGAGGAUCGCCGUGUACACGAACGUUCGGACCACGCACGAGUGCUGGAGCACCAUGGCGAAAGGCUACGCUGUCGCGAUCCAGGGCGGCAGCGUGAUGGGCUUGUCCCUGGUGGCCCUUGGGCUCCUGGCCCUUGUGGGGAUCAUCAAGACUUUCACGAUGUUCUUCGCGUUCGAGACCCCGGAGGCGAUGUACGAGGCCAUCGCGGGGUACGGCCUCGGCGGCUCGUCCAUCGCGCUCUUCGGGCGCGUGGGCGGCGGGAUCUACACCAAGGCCGCAGACGUGGGCGCUGAUUUGUCUGGCAAGAACGAGUAUGGCCUGGAGGAGGACGACUACCGCAACCCGGCAUGCAUCGCGGACAACGUCGGCGACAACGUAGGUGACAUUGCAGGCAUGGGCGCCGACCUCUUCGGCUCCUUUGCGGAGGCCACAUGUGCUGCGCUGGUGCUGGCUGCGGGAUCGGAGCUGCGCAAGGACUACGCAUCCCAGAUGUACCCAGUGCUCGUGUCGUCCACGGGAAUCGUCGUGGGCAUCGUCACCCUCGUGUUGUGCAACAUGCUCUUCAAGAUCAAGGAGCUCGAGGAGGACAAGAAGGGGAAGUCCGUGGAGAAUGGCCUCAAGGGCAUUCUGGUCGUGAGCACCUUCCUGAUGUCGCCGGUCGUGAUCUGGCUGUCCCAGUCGUGCCUUCCGGCCACGUUCACGAUGGGCGAUCAAGACGUGAAGUGGUGGCACUGUGCUGUGGCCAUCAAUCUGGGUCUCUGGUCUGGACUGCUCAUUGGCUUCGUCACGGAGUACUACACGUCCGGCAGCUACGAGCCCGUGAAGGAGAUUGCCAACAGCCAGAUCCAGUCCGCGGCCACCGGCAUCAUCUACGGCUUGGCGCUCGGCUACUUGUCGUGCAUCAUCCCUGUGCUCUGCCUGGGGAUCACCGUCCUCGUCGCUCACACCCUCUGCGGCAUGUUCGGCGUGGCGCUCGGCGCGCUGGGUAUGCUGGGCACUAUGACCAUGGCCCUCACCAUCGACGCCUACGGCCCCAUCUCCGACAACGCAGGCGGCAUCGCCGAGAUGAGCGGGCUGCCCGAGCAGGUCCGCGCGAAGACGGAUUGCCUUGACGCCGCUGGGAACACCACCGCGGCCAUCGGCAAAGGCUUCGCCAUCGGCUCUGCCGCGCUCGUGAGCCUGGCCCUGUUCGCCGCCUUCUGCCAGCGUGCCGAGGUCGACACCGUGGACGUCCUGAACCCGUGGGUCUUCACCGGCCUCCUGUUCGGCGCCAUGAUCCCGUACGCGUUCGCGGCCAUGACGAUGAAGUCCGUGGGCAAGGCGGCGAACGAGAUGUACGAGGAGUGCAUGACGCAGUUCCCGAAGAUCAUGGCGCCCGUGGGCUCGCCAAUGCACGCGGAGCCCGACUACAAGAAGUGCAUCAGGAUCUCCACCGAGGCGUCCCUCAAGGAGAUGAUCGCCCCUGGCCUCCUGGUAAUUCUCAGCCCGCUGGUGGCCGGCAUCGGCUUCGGCAAGAACGCGUGCGCGGGGCUCCUCUCUGGCGCUCUGGUGUCCAGCGUGCAGCUGGCCAUCUCCAUGAGCAACACCGGUGGCGCCUGGGACAACUCGAAGAAGUACAUCUCGGCUGGCCUGCUGCAAGACAAGAAGACCGGCAAGACCCACGCCAAGGGCUCCGACGCGCACAAGAACUCCGUGACUGGCGACACGGUGGGUGACCCUCUGAAGGACACGUCGGGCCCCGCGCUCAACAUCGUCAUGAAGCUGACGGCCAUCCUCAGCCUCGUCUUCGGAAGCGCCAUCAACACGUACUCCAACAAGAACGGUGGCCCCAUCUGGCUCGAGGCGUGAGCGAAACCUGCGAAGGCUCGCGCUCUCUCGUGGAUAGCCCAGAACUUUGUUUACCAGCCGCGAUGGCCUCAUAGGCUUUGGUCGCUGCCCCCACGAUGGUGGAAGACAGAUCGAGGCCGGAGCGGUACGAGCGAAGCAUCCUUUUUCUCGCCGUGAUUCCGAAGGGGAGACACCGGCAGCAGCACCGAGGCGCCUCGGUUGCUCAUCUUUUCACGGCGCCGCUAGGCAGUCGCAAGGGGGCCCGCGGCGUGGUCCCCGACGGUGGCGCCGCGGGCUCCGUUUUGGCGACAGCAUCUGCAGCUGGGCGGGCCGCUCCGGGUGCACAGCACUUCAGACGGGCGGCCGUCGCGCUCGGAACAAAUGAGGGUCUCUCGACGGCCCGAGAUGGCCAGAGGCCCCCUGAGAUUCUGAGGUGGGCGUCAAGGCGGU